AUGAUACAUGAUGCAUUUGGAGGUAUUACACAGUUCAUGGAUACUGACGUUAGUGAAAUAGGUGGCAUAGAGAAAAACUUACAGGAGAGUAUAUCUCAUCCAUCUGGAAAUCACCCCCAUCAAGAGGUGGAUAAGUUUGAACGGCUCAUGAAGGAGGGAAAUGAAGAAUUAUAUCUUGGAUGUAAGAAGUUUAGCAAACUGUCCAUUUUGCUGCAUAUGUAUCAUACAAAAUGCAUGUUCAAGUGCUCAAAUGAAUCUUUUAAUGCUCUGCUUGGACUUUUAAAAGAUGCACUGCCUGAAGGAGAAAAAUUACCUCCCUCUUUCUAUGAGACCAAAAAGAUAGUUGAAGGCUUGGGCUUAAAGUAUGAAAAAAUUCAUGCUUGUCCCAACGAUUGCAUGCUUUUUAGGAAAGAGUUCGCUAAUAAGAAUGUCAGUGAAUGCAAAAUUUGUGGCGCUUCCAGAUGGAAAAAUGAUGCUAGAAAAAUUCCAGCCAAUGUCCUAAGGUAUUUUCCUUUAAAACCAAGGCUACAGAGAUUGUUUAUGUCUUCAGAAACGUCUAAAGCAAUGCGAUGGCAUCAUGAAGAGCACAACAAAGAUGGAGUUCUACGAUAUCCUGCAGAUUCUGAUGCCUGGAAAACUUUUGAUAGUAAAUAUCCUGAAUUUACUGGAGAUCCACGCAAUGUGCGCCUAGGAUUAGCUUCUGAUGGGUUUAAUCCAUUUGGCACAAUGCGAACUGUUCACGAUCUCAUGUGGACUAUAAAUAAUUUCCCUGCAUAUGGUACCCUCUCUGGAUGGUGCACUUAUGGUCGGUUUGCAUGCACUUCUUGUAACAUAAACACUCAAUCUAGAAGGCUCAGACAUGGCAGAAAGUUUUAUUACAUGGGGCAUCGACGCUUCUUGAUGUCGGGACACAAAUAUCAGAAUGAUGCAAAAUCGUUUGAUGGGACUAAAGAAACAAGACGUGCACCUUGUCCAGUAUUUGGGUCACUAGUGCUAAAUCAAGUUAAAGAUAUAAAAUUUACUCUCGGCCAGUCGAGCGAAGGGGUAAGUGGGGUCAUGAAAAACACAUGGAAAAAGAGGAGUAUUUUUUUCGAUCUUCCUUAUUGGAAGUCGAACUUGGUGCGCCGUAAUCUUGAUGUGAUGCACAUAGAAAAGAAUGUGUGUGAUAACUUAAUUUAUACAUUAUUGGAUCUUGGUGAAAAGUCUAAAGACAACUUAGAAGCUCGAUUGGACUUGAAGGAGAUGAAAAUAAGACCAUGUUUAUGGCCUCAAUAUCGAGCUAGUGGGAGAGUAUAUCUUCCACCUACUUUUUUCACAAUGUCGCAUAAUGAAAAGGAGUUAUUUUAUGAUGUUCUACAAAAUGGCAAGUUUCCAGAUGGCUAUGCGUCUAAUAUCUCACGUUGCUUUCGCAAACAAAAGAUAUCUGGGCUAAAAACUCAUGAUUGUCAUGUUAUAAUGCAAGAACUUCUUCCUCUUGCCUUGCGGAGAUCAGUAGAUAAAAGACAAAGAACUAAACUAGAAGAGUUAAAGUUGCUUGAAGAAAAGAUUUCAGAAACAUUGUCUACUAUGGAGAAACUUUUCCUCCCAGUAUUCUUUACUGUUAUGAUACACUUGGUUAUUCACUUGGCAACCGAGGCUAAACAUGCGGGGCCGGUACAUUAUCGCUGGAUGUACCCAAUUGAGAGGUUCUUGGGUACUUUAAAAUCAUAUGCUCAUAAUCGUGCAUGUCCAGAAGGUUCAAUAGCAGAAGCAUACAUAGCAAAUGAGUGUAUGGCAUUUUGCUCACGAUAUUUGCAGGGUGGAGAUUCAAGGUCUUAUUGUUCAAAAAAAUGCGGUGAUGGGAUUGAGCAUGAGAAUAGUAAAGAAGAAUAUCUUUUUUCAAUUGUUGGGGAGUCGUACGGUGGAGUAGAUGUAUUUGAGUUGGAUGAGAAAAUAUGGUUGCAAGCACAUCGGCAUGUGCUUUUCAAUUACGAGUAA